AUGAUUGUAAUGGGACCUCGUGUCGAAAUUCCGCAUUCUAUUCGUGCAAACAUCCUGCGUGAUUUAGUGCAGAUGCACCAAGGUGCAACAAAAACACGUCAACGAGCCCGUUUAUCGGUAUACUGGCCGAACAUUGAUAACGACAUUGUGAACGCCACCAGAAAUUGUGAAACGUGUACAAAACAUCUACCUUCACAGCAACCAGAGCCGUUUCGAGUCCGUCCACCAGCAACGCGUCCGUUUGAACAAAUCCAUGCGGAUCUAGGCGAAGUCAAUGGCCGCCAUUUUUUAGUGAUGGUGGAUUCAUUCAGUGGUUGGCCUCAUGUGGUUGCAUUUCGUGACAGAAAAACAACAGCACACAAUGUCAUUGGCCAUAUCCGUAAUUUUUUUUCUAGCGUAGGAGCUCCAGUCACCUUUUGGUCCGACAACGGGCCGCAGUUUGGUGCAGCAGAGUUCCAGCGUUUUCUCACGGAUUGGGGGAUUACUUCCCUCAUGUCUUCACCAUAUUAUGCUCAAUCCAAUGGCCGGGCUGAAGCAGAAAUCGACUCAAUGAAGACGCUCAUCCGUGGAUCAUGGACAGCUGGCGCAUUUAACGAAGAGAAAUUCGCCAAAAGUAUCCUGCUUUUCCGAAACGCGCCGCGAUCUGGUGGAGCAAGUCCAGCACAGUUGAUUUUCAACCGUCCGGUGCGUGACUGUCUACCAGCUCAUCGCCGCUCAUUCGCACCAGAAUGGCAAAAAGCAGCCGAUGUACUCGAGAAACGGGCGAGACGGUCCAAGGAGCUGCAAAUAGCUCAUUACAACAAGCAUACGUGGCCCCUCGCUCCGUUUAUCAUAGGCAACCAUGUCCUGAUCCAGCAUCCCAUCAGUAAGCUGUGGUGUACCCCGGGAGUAAUCGUAGAAGUCGGCCAUCAUCGAGACUACCUCAUCAAGACUCCAGCCGGUUGGAUUUUUCGGCGCAAUCGGCGUUUUCUUCGCCCUCGCGUACCCGUAUUUCCAGCUACUACACCAGCUACUACACCAGCUACUACACCAGUCCAGCCGGAAGUCGUUCAACCGCCGCAACCGGAACCAACCGAGCCACCGGUACGAGAGAAUCCUGCUCCACCGAUACAAGAAAAUGCUAUUCCACCGGUGUUACGCCAUUCAACAAGGAAAAAACAGCCGCGGCGCCACUUCUUCCCAGCAGAGUGGACACAAUAACACCCAUCCCAGUCUCAUGUUUACUUAUUCAUGGCUAUGUGUGUGUUGCGUGUCCCCAGUUAUUAUUUUUCUCUAACAUGUUUAAAAAGCAAAGUUAACAAUGUACGUUAUCUUUGCUCAUUGAAAGGGGCGUGUGAUGACGCCAUCUGGCAACACCACACCCGUCGGCUCUAUAUAUAGGGGAGAACCCCUUCCCUCUGCGUCAGUCUCUGUCUGCUCUUCAUAGAGCACUGGUCGCAGGUGUAUCCAAUACACGUUAAUCCAAGCCGCAUCCUAUUCUCUCAUUCUAAGUUCAUCACAAUGAGGUGCUGACGAUGGAAUUCUUAAGCAAAGCAGCUGAAACAUCCUGCCUGUCUAGUUCACAACAUAGAAGAGCACGAAGAAGCUGGAAGCUCAGAAUGUUGGAACGAGCUGAGGAUUGGGAAAAUUCAAGGCAAAUUUUUUUUAAGCUUUUGUUGCAUCUAAAGCAUAUGUCACCAAUAUUUGCUCUAAAUGCUUCAUGAAGUUGACAUUGUACACCAAAUGCAAAAGUUUUUACAACAUAUACUGCAAUGUCUGUGAUCAAGAAGAACAUUUUGACUCUCCGUUCCAUCAACGUUCCCUCUUCUCUGAAAACACUUCACAAAUCCUGCUGCCUACUCAGUUUGUUAACUCUGAUGGAAGAGUUAUAAGUCAAGGUAAACAAAAUAUUUUAUGUUGAUUAUGGACCUUUUAAUUUAUCUUGUUGACUUUAGAAGUAUCUGUGCCUUGUGUGGCACCAACUACGUGCCCUUCAUGUUUAAAAACUGGGACUUGUCAUGUUCAGCCUGGCUUGAAAAAGAUAGCCGUAAUUA